GGCCCAUUUCUACAACGAUUUUAGGUUAGCACUGCUCAGUUCGUCUGCCCUUGCUGCGCUGCCGACCACGUUCCUAGUUGCAUCGCAGCCGCCGAGCUUGCCACCGCCCCUCGCUGCGCCGCCUACCGUCGCGUCGGCCUCUCCGAGUUCCCAGGCAACGGCAGUCUCUCGCCCAGCACUAGACUCCUCGCCGCACUAAAAUCGUCAUUGACUCAGCCACUAACAUCCUCUUCGCCGUCUUAGAUGCCGCCCGCUCCCGCCGCUGAUGCCUUGCUGCCGGCGGGGGCGACGGCCUUGGAGAUUCCCACCGAUCGCCCGGCCGCGAUCGAACUCUUCAAGAGCCCCGAUGUCCCUGCGGCCACGACCGCGGUCCGCCGCCUCGCCGGCGUGUCUCUCCCGGACUCCCUCAAGAUCUACCACAAUGGGUCCGGGGACGAUUCGGGGGUGCACUACUCUCGGCGCCUCGCCUUCUCGCGCAUCACCCCGGAGACCGCUCCGUGCCGCGCGGAGCCGGGGCCCUUCAUCCGCCUCGUCUUCCGCACCCUGGCGCUCGACCUGCCGCAGACCUUCGAGCUCCUGCCGCCCGUGGUCGGCUUCGGAGACGUUCCCGUGCUGUUCCGCACACCCGAGGACCGGGAUGCCGCCAUGCGCAGGCAGCCGUUCGUCCUCGACGGCGUCACGGUGAAGCUGGUGCCCGUCGAGAUGAUUCUCAACGAGGGCCGCACCGAGAACGGAUACAUGGUCCACGUUGCUCUGCAUGACUAUCCAGACCAGGUGGUGCGGACGCCGACGAGCAUCAGAGACAACUGCUGCAGAGUCGGGUUCCUGUGCGAGAUCGAUCCAGCCUGCGUCGUCGCCGGGCCGGACCUCUCCACCACGGUCCGCGUCGUCCUUCAGGUGGAGCACCCCCGGCAAAUCCCACACGAGCUCCGGUUCAACUACACCAAUGGCACCACCAGCGUCGUCCCCGUCGAGAUCGUCAGUGUUUGGGACUGCCGACACUCAUACGACGCCGAUGGGCAGUACGUGCCUCUCUUCAAGCAGCCGCAGGAUGAGAAUGAUGCUCGGUUGGUUCUGGACAUGUGGAUGCAUGCUAUAGCAUUGGCACAGGCACAGGGUCUUGUUUAAAAACAUGCACAGGUCAUCUCGUAUUCUUAUUCAUG